AAUAGUAAAAGAUAACAUCGUUCAGCCUGUGGCUGUACGUUAUAAAUCUUCGAGAGAGAGAGAAAGAGAGAGGUUUGAAUUUUUCCUACAAUGUCAGAGAUAAAAUUGGCCAUGUUGUUUGAUUUAGAAUUACAAGAAAGUGAUGGUUCUCCUUCAUCCAUGUCACAAAACCUCUCCAGGGAUCCACAGCCAACCUCCAGCGGCGACGGUGAUGGUGGACGGAUCCCGGUGGAAGAGUGGCUGCCGAUCACAGAAUCAAGAAAAGGGAAUGUUUACACGGCGACGUUUCAUCUUAUCUGUUCGGGACUUGGUUUCCAAUUGCUUUUUCUCCCUGCUGCUUUCGCAACAGUUGGAUGGUUAUGGGGAACGAUUGUUUUAACGGUGGGAUUUGCAUGGAAGCUUUACACAAUAUGGCUUCUUGUUAAUCUCCACGAAGCCGUACAAGGAAUACGUAUCAGUAGAUACUUGAGACUUGUAAUUGCUUCAUUCGGUGUGAGGCUUGGGAAACUUCUGGGAAUAUUCCCUGUGAUGUAUCUUUCAGGAGGAGCUUGUGCAAUUCUGGUUAUAACCGGAGGGAAAACAAUAAAUCAACUUCUACUCAUUAUGUCUGAAAAUGACACAGAGCCACUUACUACCGUGCAAUGCUUCUUGAUCUUCAGCAUCCUCGCAGUGGUCAUGUCUCAGUUUCCGAACAUGAACUCUCUUUUUGGAAUCUCGUUGGUCGGUAGUCUUAUGGCCGUAGCAUAUUCCACCGCAGUAUGGACUUUACCUCUAGCUAAUGAAAGGAAUCAUCAUCAAAACAAUGUCUCUUACACUACAAAUGAUACAAGUUUCGAAAACAUUAUCAACGCAAUUGGAAUGAUAGCCAUGGCAUUUCGCGGGAACAACCUCGUCCUAGAGAUACAGGGUACUCUACCUUCCGAUCCAAAUAAUCCUUCGAGAAAGACAAUGUGGAGAGCCGUGGUGAUCUCUCAUGUGAUCAUCGCGAUUUGCAUGUUUCUAGUAGCCAUUGUUGUAUAUUGGGCAUACGGUGACAAGAUUCCGGCUACGGGAGGUCCAAUAGGCAACUACUUGAAACUUUACGAACAAGGCUACUCAAAGCAAGCCGCUUGUUUCAUACACCUCACGUUUAUCUUCUAUUGCUUAUGCUCAUAUCCGAUAUUCUUAAUGCCAUCAUGUGAUAACGCAGAGAUGUUGUACAUAACGAAGACACAAAAGCCUUGCUCCUUCUUUGUCCGGAUGAUGUUGCGCGUGUUAUUGGGUUCGGUUAGCCUCUUAAUAGCCGUUGGAUUCUCGUUCAUGACUUAUCUUGCAGUUCUUAUCGGAGCAGUAGGCUUGCUUGUUACGUCUACAUACCCGUGUUUCAUGUGGAUAUCUCUCAAAAAUCCCCAGAGGAAAAGCUUGAUGUGGUUGUUUAACGUUUUGGUGGGAAGUUUAGGCGUGUCUCUCAGCGUUUUGCUUGUGGUUGGCUCUUCUUUGCGUUUGGCUGAUACGGGUUUACAUGCAAACUUCUUUAAACCUUAGAUCAUAUUCUUGUAACUGUUCGCAAGUAGAUUAAAAAUUCUAG